AUGGCGACGGCAAACCAGAUGCAUAACUUGACCACUCUCAUCAAGAGGUUGGAGGCUGCUACCUCUCGCCUCGAGGACAUCGCUCAGUCCGCUCUCGAGCUUCCCCAGGGCGUCCCCGGCCUGCACGUGGCGACCGCGACCCCGACAGUUGCUUCAACCCCGACUGCUCAAGCCCCCCGUCCAGCUCCAGUUCCCCCUUCGGCUCCUGCUGCUGCCCCGACCCCUCCCCCCCCUCCGCCGGAGCCCUUGCCGGAGUUUGUCGAGGAGUUCGACAACUUUCUGAGCCAGUCUGUCGACAAAUGGGCCAAACUCAGUGACGCCAUCGGCGGCUUGGUGGCUGAACAGGCCUCUAAGUUCGUCGAGGCCCUCAAAGAACAGCGCAAGUUCCUGCUCAUCACCUCCAAGGCGAAGAAGCCCGACGUUCCCGUGCUCCAGGACCUCCUCAAGCCCGUCGGCGACCUUAUGAUGGCCAUCAGCAACAUUAAGGACUCUAACCGCGGUAGCUCGCAUUAUGAUAACCUCAGCACGGUCGCCGAGGGCGUCAUGGCUCUCGGCUGGAUAACUGUUGACACCAAGCCGUUCAAGCAUGUUGAAGAGUUUCUGAACUCGGCCCAGUUUUGGGGCAACAAGGUCUUGACAGCGAACAAGAACAAGGACAACCAACAGGUUGAAUGGACCAAGGCCUUCUAUCAAAUAUUCCGCGAUCUCAUGGAGUACACAAAGACCUACUUCCCCAACGGCAUCCCCUGGAAUCCCAAAGGCCUUCCUGCUGCUGAAGCUGCAAGGGCUGUCGAGGCCGGUCCGACCGCAGCGCCGUCUGCUCCCUCAGCCCCUUCCGGGGGGGCUCCUCCGCCGCCGCCGCCUCCUCCCGGUCCCCCGCCAGUGUUGAAAAUUGACGAGCAGAAGGCAGAUUCUAGUCCAGCUGGCGGUUUGAACGCCGUCUUCGCCGAGAUCAACAAGGGCGAGGAUAUCACCAAGGGUCUCAGGAAAGUGGACAAGUCGCAAAUGACACACAAGAACCCGUCGCUGCGUGCCGGCUCGACUGUUCCUGACCGCAGCCCCUCGGCGCGCGGCAAGAGCCCUGCCCCGAUUGCCAAGCCGAAGCCGGAGAGCAUGAGGGUCAAGAAGCCGCCCAAAAAGGAACUUGAGGGUAACAAGUGGACUCUUGAAAACUUCGACAAACACCCGGCGCCCAUUGAGAUCGAGGUGGAGCUGGCUCACUCAGUUCUCAUCUCCAAAUGCAACAACACGACUAUCAUCCUUCGCGGCAAGGCCAACGCUGUGACGAUCGAGAAUACGAACCGGGUCUCACUCGUCGUCGAGUCGCUCGUCUCCACGGUUGACGUGGUCAAGUCGCAAAACUUUGCUCUCCAGGUCCUCGAGACGAUUCCGACCAUCUUGCUCGACCAAGUCGAUGGUGCCCAGAUCUACCUAAGCAAGGAGAGCUCCGAGACGCGUGUCUACUCUAGCAAGUCCGCCGGCAUCAAUCUAAAUGUCAUCGCCCCUGCUGCAGAGGGCGGCGAGGAGGAUUACAAGGAAAUCCCGCUGCCGUCGCAGAUUUGCUCGUAUUAUGACAAGGAAAAGGGCGAAGUGGUGAAUGAGAUUGUGUCACAUGUUGGCUAA